UUGAGGCCAAAUCUAGCACGGGCGCUGCGCUCAGGACUCUGCGACUAUCUUUCCUUCCGUUUGGGCUGCCUAUAUAGGAGACUAGCUGUGUCUGUUGUAUAUGUCGUAUACGCGGGUGACCCUUGACCUUAGACCUCAACUACAAGUAUGGCUCUUGUCAAGUCCAUCCUCCGCCGCUUCAAGGGCAAGAACGCAGAGCAUCAAGCUUCUCCACAACUCUCCAACUUGAAUGAUGGGCCACCUAAGGCUGAGGGUGGUUUCUGGAAGAGGUUUGAUUGGCGGUUGAUGUGCGCUUUGGUCAUCCCAGUGAUACUGGAGACUUUAGAUUAUACGGUCGUCGCCACUGCGCAACCUCGUAUUGCAUCUGUAUUCAAUGCUCUAAACCUGCAAAGCUACAUUGGCACGUCAUAUUUGUUAGCAUCAACAGUUUUCUUGCCCUUCUUCGCGUCCAUUGCCGAUAUCUAUGGCCGUCACUUUGGACUUCAAUUGUCUCUUCUAUCUUUCCUUGUUGGCAGCGCCCUCAGUACGGGAGCUGUCAAUAUGAUAAUGCUUUUGGUUGGUAGAGGAAUAGCUGGUAUUGGAGCUGCUGGUUUGUUGACAAUUGUGCGGACAAUAUUGUCAGAUUCAUCCUCGCUGGACACGAACAAUAUCCAGCAAUCCUCCAUGUUUAUUUUGUAUUUUAUCGGCUUCAGUAUAGGCCCCGUCAUCGGUGGUUACCUCAUUACUGUCAGCUUCCGCUGGGUGUUCGCGAUCAAUAUUCCAUGCGUUGCUCUUGCCAUGGUUUUGUGUUUCUUUUUGCUCCGCAAACGUGUAAAAGGUGCUAAGCCAUCUGAGGAACUUCCAAAUUCCGCCACGUCUAUGACAUGGAUCGCUAAGCUAGCCCUCAUCGACUGGAUCGGAACGUUCCUCUUCGUUAUAGGAGCCAUCCUCAUUCUGCUUGCGCUGAACUGGGGUCCCAAUGACGACUGGAAGACUACCCGUGUCAUAGUCUGCCUGGUUAUUGGUGUCAUCUUCUUUGUGACCUGCAUUCUUUGGGAGCUCGCCUUGGAGCGGAAGCACCAGGCUUCUACCGUAGCAAUUUCGGCACUCUAUCAGGUGCAGCCUAUGCUGCCUCUCGAGCUUUUCCGGUCCUACGACAUAUGUGCCUUGCAGUAUGCUUCCUUCGUAUCUGGCAUCGUCACAUUUGUGAUGUUCUACUUCGUCGCAAUAUUUAUGACUGUGGUCACUGGUUUACCGCCUGAUCAAGCCGGUAUACAGCUUCUCUAUUUUGCUCCUGGCAUUGGAUGUGGUAGCUUGGUAUCCAUACGGUUGAUCAAGCGUUUCAGACAGCCGAUAUAUCCAAUCGUUGCUGGAUCAAUCGUCAUGACUGUUAGUUUGGGUCUCAUUCAGAUGGGCAUGCAGAAGAAUGUGCAAGGGCUUGUUGAUGGUUUCAUGUGUGUGGCAGGUUUCGGGGUUGGUCUACCAGCUGGCCCUGUUGUCGUUCAAGCACGUUUUUUGAUGCCAGACCACGUCGCCGUAACCAACGCUCUGAUGCUUUUCUUCCGCGCCCUCGGUGGAACCGCUGGUCUAGCGCAGUGCUUCACUGUCAUGAACGCCAAAGUCAACUCCUAUGUUGUAGGGCAGAUACGAAGCGGCGUCGUCUCAGGCUCUGACCUCGACGUCCUUGAAGCGCUUUACAGCAGUGGUGGCCUCAACUCCAUCCAGUCGCUCGAAGGUCUGCCACCGGUUGUUCAGCAAAUCAUUCGCGAUGCUUACAGGAACGGUGUCCGUUGGAGCUUCAUCUCCCUCAUUCCUUGGGCCGGCUUGGCAGUCAUCCUGUCUUUGUCCCUUUCCAAGAUCCCCGAUCCUGAUGCUCAGAGGACCGGUCAUGAUGAAGAAAUGAAACUACCAGAAAGAGACGAGACGCAAAAGCCUUUUGAUGAACAGGGUGAAGAACGUGAUGGUACCCUCAUUCAGCAGCAGGAUCGUUAAAACUUUGUUGAGACUUCCAUGACCCCGCGAAAUUUGAUCGCAGUGAACUGGUAGAGGCUGUCAAAUGAUUCGUAUUCUUCUUCUCAAACUGAAUUAUGCAUUUACUCUUUCCUCCUAUCCU